UGGACUCAAACCAAACCUCGCCGCCGCCUCCGUCUCCGUCUUCUUCUCAUCCCAUCUCUCUCCUAUACUCUCCCGCAAUCCCACCCCUCCCUCUAAACCCGCACCCGCAGCGGCGCUCCUAGGGUUUGCUCCGCCCCGCCGAACCCAGCCCUCCGAUCGCUCCGGUUCCGAGGCGGCGGCUGCGAGAGAGCUCGCGGCAUGGCGGGGUACCCGGAGGACAACCAGCACGCGCUGAACGGGUACGAGGAUGAGGAGGUCGACGAGGAGGAGGGCCACCCCGGGAGGCGGGGAGGCCGGGACGGGGGCUCUGGGUACGGCGACGCCGGCGGAGACGACGGGAGGGGGGCCGGCGGCGACUCGUCGGGGAAGAUUUUCGUCGGAGGCGUUGCUUGGGAGACGACUGAAGAAACAUUCUCCAAGCAUUUUGAGAAGUAUGGGGCAAUAACUGAUUCUGUAAUUAUGAAGGACAAGCAUACUAAGAUGCCUCGUGGAUUUGGAUUUGUUACAUUUUCUGAUCCAUCUGUUAUAGACAAGGUUUUGGAGGAUGAGCACGUUAUAGAUGGCAGAACGGUUGAGGUCAAGAGGACAGUCCCUAGGGAAGAAAUGACCACCAAAGAUGGCCCCAAGACAAGAAAGAUCUUCAUUGGUGGGCUACCACCAUCACUAACUGAAGAUGAGUUGAAGGAUCACUUUUCCUCUUAUGGUAAGGUGGUUGAAGACCAGAUAAUGCUUGAUCAUAGCACUGGGCGUUCUAGAGGGUUUGGUUUUGUCACUUUUGAAAGUGAGGAUGCUGUUGAAAGGGUCAUAUCAGAGGGGAGAAUGCGUGAUCUUGGUGGGAAGCAGGUUGAAAUAAAGAAGGCUGAACCAAAGAAGCAUGGAUCUGAUCACAGUAGUAAUGGUAGGUCUAGCCAUGGGGGUGGUGGUGGUUACCGUAAUUCUUACCGUAGUGGUGGAGCUGGCAGCGGCAGCGGUGGCAACAGUGGUGGUGGUGGUGGUGGCGGCGGCGGUGGUUAUGGGUACGGUGGUGCUUAUAGGUCUGCUGCUGCAGCAGGUUAUGGAUAUGAUGGUGGUGCAGGAGCGGGAUAUGGCUAUGGCAGAGGGUAUGGCUAUGCAGGCAAUGCUGGCUUUGGGUCUGGUUUUGGCGGUGGGUAUGGUGGCUCCAUGUACGGAGGCGCUUAUGGUGCAUAUGGUGCCUAUGGUGGUGGUGCUUAUGGAGGGGGUGCUUACGGAGGUGGUGCUUAUGGAGGUGGCGCCUAUGGUGGUGGCCCAGGUGGCUAUGGCGCUGGUGGAUAUGGUGGCUACGGGGGUGCUGGUGGAGCAGGUGGUGCUGCUGGUGGGAGUUCGGGUGCUCGGAGUUCUAGCAGGUACCAUCCAUAUGGAAAAUAAGAGACAAGACAAAUCUGGUUUUCUAGGGCCCAGGGUUCCUCAUGCCUCCUAGAAGUUCAGUUUUCAUGGGAUGUCACCUAAUCAGCGCGGCAUUGGAACAUUGUUUGGGUUGAGCUAAGCCGCUACUAGAGCAACUGUGUAAUUGCAGUUGCUGAGCCCGCCCGCCCGCCUGCCUGCCUGCUUUUGUUUGCUGCAGAAGCUACACAUGAAACCUGUGUUGUAUUCUUUAGUUUGGUAUGCAGAGCUUAGAACCCUGUGAACAAGCGUUUUAUGGUAGGAACAGUAUUUGGUGCGGUAGAACUAUAUUCUGUGAUGUAAAAUUGCUUUUGCAAGCAAUUAACUGUUGCCAUCUGUGGUGAUUAUAAUUACGAACUCGUUACAGGAUUUGGUUUAAUAUUCUAAUUUACUGUCGAUUUACAUUCUUGA